ACACUCCGAGAAGAAACAAAAAAAAAACAAGAUGGAGUCAUCGGUUUUUAAAGAAGACCGACUUCUCUCUGUCUUCACAAGACAUAAGAACAAGAACAAGAACAAGAACAAGAGCAGAGCCCCCUUACAUCUUACUAGAAUCAGGAAAAGUGAAGAAGCGAAAGAGAGAAGAAAAAGAAGGUCGGAUGGGAGUGGAUUACUACAACGUCCUCCAAGUCGAUCGCAACGCCUCCGACAAUGAUCUCAAGAAAGCUUACAGAAAACUCGCCAUGAAAUGGCAUCCCGACAAGAACCCAAACAACAAAAAGGACGCCGAGGCAAAGUUCAAGCAGAUCUCCGAAGCUUACGAGGUUCUUAGCGAUCCCCAGAAGAAAGCUGUAUACGAUCAGUACGGCGAGGAAGGCUUGAAAGGGAACGUGCCACCUCCAGAUGCUGGUGGAGCCACUUACUUCUCUACCGGAGACGGUCCAACGUCCUUCCGGUUCAAUCCGAGAAACGCAGACGAUAUAUUUGCCGAGUUCUUUGGCUUCUCCAGACCAUUUGGUGGUGGCGGUGGCGGUGGUACAAGAUUCUCUAGCAGCAUGUUUGGUGAUAACAUUUUUGCCUCUUUCGGUGAAGGAGGAGGAGGAGCUAUGCAUCAUGGUGGUGGAGCCAGGAAGGCGGCUCCUAUCGAAAACAGGCUGCCUUGUAGCCUUGAAGAUCUCUACAAAGGAACCACCAAGAAGAUGAAGAUCUCUAGAGAAAUUGCUGACGUCAGCGGCAAGACGAUGCCAGUGGAAGAGAUUUUAACGAUUGAUGUGAAGCCAGGGUGGAAGAAAGGCACCAGAAUCACAUUCCCUGAGAAAGGAAACGAGCAACCCGGAGUGACUCCAGCUGAUUUAGUCUUCAUCAUCGACGAGAAGCGUCACCCGGUUUUCACUCGGGAGGGCAAUGACCUCAUCGUCACACAGAAGAUCUCACUCGCUGAGGCCCUGACAGGCUACACUGUGAACCUGACGACACUCGAUGGUCGGAGACUGACAAUCCCAGUCACCAACGUGAUCCACCCAGAGUACGAGGAAGUGGUUCCAAAGGAAGGAAUGCCGUUGCAGAAAGAUCAGACAAAGAGAGGAAACUUGAGGAUCAAGUUCAACAUCAAGUUCCCCACGAGGUUAACCUCAGAGCAGAAGGCAGGAGUAAAGAAGCUUCUCGGAUAACUUCUGUCUUGUUUGUAGAUCAGAGAGAUUGUGAUUUAAUACUGUUGUAUCCUGUUUGGUCGGAUCUGUAACAUAAUAAAAUACUCCUAAUAAAAUUUGUUUGUUGUAAUCAAAA